UUAAUUUUCUGUGAAAAAAAAUAUAAAGUGCACUUAAUAGUAUACAUUGGUGCGAUUUAUAUUUCAAAUGCAUCAUGAUGAGCAUGCAUCUACAAUAAAGAAGUGUAUAAAAUUUCAGUCAGCACAAACAGCGCUUGCACAUAUUGUGAACAAUAACUUUAACACAAUCCACACAGAGAACAUAGGUAUUGUUUAAAGAGUGCGUAUCCUUACAGACAUCCCACAAAGGUCCCCGUAUCAUUCGCUUUUGCUCGAGCGGAGUCUUCAAACUUCACUUGUUUUGUAUUCCUCUAAAUCCAGCGGACUGCUCUUAUUGGUAGGUGCGAGCGUUACAUCACAAUGAUUAUGACGCGCCGUCUUCCUGCUUCCUUCUGCCGUGUCUUAAAGUCAAUCUUGUUGGUACCGAGCGCGCGCUUUCAGCCUCCUCCUGGCCGCGUGCGCUGAGACACACAGUUUUCAUGCAGAGAGAGGAGCGGCGCACAAGAGCUCGUUCUCUAUCUCACUCGCCUCGCUCUUGCUUGUCCUGAGAAAUUACAAUAUUCAUCACUGGGCGAACAACCCUCUGUAUUCUCUGUUACACUGUCGCGAAGAAGCUCAAUUCGCUCUCAUCUUCAGAGUUCCCAGGGUUCUCGAGCUGUGCCCAGAUGACAGGCUUUCAAAGAUGGCACAAUAACAGUUCCAGUGAUGCCUGACCAUGACAGCACAUCCCUCUUAAGUAGACAAACCAAGAGAAGAAGAGUUGACAUAGGAGUGAAGAGGACUGUUGGGCAAGCGUCUGUGGUUUUCGCACGAGCAAAAGCAACCUUUUUUAGUGCCAUGAAUCCCCACGGCUCCGACCAGGAUGUUGAGUGUUCUGUGGUACAGCACGCAGACAGCGAAAAGUCCAACGUGCUUCGCAAGCUGUUGAAGCGGGCGAACUCUUAUGAAGACGCUAUGAUGCCCUUUCCGGGGGCAACCAUCAUCUCCCAGCUUCUGAAAAACAAUUUGACCAAAAAUGGAGGCAGUGAGACUAAUUUCCAGGGAAGUGGCCUCUCGAGCACUGGUUCAGAGAUCCAGCAAGAGGAUGCUUGCAGCAAUUCCUCACGGGGCAGCCCUCAGGAGUGCCUUUCACCAUUCAACAGGCCCUCCAUGACCCAAUUUGAUAUAGAGAGGCUAACAGAUGAGCAUCUUAGGGCCAAAAGAGCCCGAGUGGAGAAUAUCAUCCGUGGGAUGAGCCAUUCUCCCAGCGUCACGCUCCGUGCAGGUGAUAAUGAGCGCGAGGGGACAGCCCAGCCCCCGAGUCCUCGUGAGAACUACCGGGAAAACAAGCGCAAGCAGAAACUGCCACAGCAGCAGCAACAGAGUUUUCAGCAGCUCGUCUCUGCGCGCAAAGAGCAGAAACAUGAAGAACGCCGGCAACUGAAACUGCAGCUGGAGGACAUGCAGAAGCAGCUCCGGCAACUGCAAGAGAAGUUCUACCAGAUUUACGACAGCACUGAUUCUGAGAACGACGAAGAUGGAAACAUCUCCGAAGACAGCAUGCGUUCCGACAGAAUGGACAAUCGUGCCCAUGACUCUGUCCCAGAUCGCUCCGACAACGAGAUGUCUGACGUGGAUCCGGGGCACUUCUUGGAUCGAGCGUGUGCACUUAUUCGAGAGCAGAACAUAGUGACAGAGGGGGACAAAUCCAAGCGCGAUGGGUCACGAGGAAAGAACCAGGGACCAAUCUCCAUGCAUGCAGAGGGCAAACAGCUAGCAGAGACGCUAAAACAGGAGCUCAAUACAGCAAUGUCCCAGGUAGUGGACACUGUGGUGAAGGUCUUUGCUAAGCCUCCACGCCCAGUUCCUCAGGUUUUCCCACCCCUGCAGAUGCCUCCUGAUCGUUUCGCAGUCAAUGGAGAAAACCCAAACUUCCAUACUGCCAACCAGCGCUUGCAAUGUUUCGGUGAUGUCAUCAUUCCUAAUCCCCUGGACACUUUCGCUAACAUGCAGGUGCCCAACUCGAAUGACCAAACAGAAGCCCUGCCUUUGGUAGUGAGAAAGAACUCCUCAGAUCAGACUGGGUCUCUUCCCACACCUGGGGGUCACCACCAUCCCUCCCUCCACCCCUCACACUUAUCUUCCGCAAUGGGCUUUAGUCCUCCCUCUUUCCGCCAUCCUUUCCCCCUUCCUCUAAUGGGCUACCCUUUCCAAAGCCCCUUAGGUGCCCCAACAGGGCCUUACCCUGGAAAGGAUAGGUCUUCUCCCGAAUCUCUGGAUCUGUCCAGAGAGACCACCAUUCUACGGACCAAGAUGUCAUCCAACCACCUCAGCCACCAUCGUUCCAUCUCACCAACACACCCAGGGAAUGAAGGCUUGUCCUUGUCCCUCAUCAAGUCAGAGUGCGGAGACCUUCAGGACAUGUCUGACAUCUCCCCAUAUUCAGGAAGUACAAUCCAAGAAGGGCUUUCUCCGAACCAUCUGAAGAAGGCCAAGCUGAUGUUUUUCUACGCACGCUACCCCAGCUCCAACAUGCUGAAGAUGUUCUUCUCAGACGUGAAGUUCAACCGCUGCAUCACAUCCCAGCUGAUCAAGUGGUUCAGUAACUUCCGUGAGUUCUACUACAUCCAGAUGGAGAAAUUCGCUCGGCAGGCCAUCAACGACGGAAUAACAGGGGCAGACGAGCUGAGCGUGAGCCGGGACUGCGAGCUUUUCCGCGCUCUUAACAUGCACUACAACAAGGCCAACGAUUUUGAGCAGGUUCCGGAGCGAUUCCUGGAAGUGGCACAGAUCACAUUACGGGAGUUUUUCAAUGCCAUUGUGGCAGGCAAAGAUGUUGAUCCUUCCUGGAAGAAGGCCAUAUACAAGGUCAUCUGCAAGCUGGACAGUGAGGUCCCAGAGAUUUUUAAAUCUCCCAAUUGUCUGCAGGAGCUUCUGCAUGAGUAGUGAUUUUAAUUGCGUACCAAGUAUCAUCCCAUCUUUUCCUGAAUCUUUACGAAGUAAGAAGUAGCAUUCCUGUUUUUAAGUCCCAGCUACUUUAAAUUGACUUGGCUGUUAAUUUUUUUGGGGGAAAGUCUAUCAAAUUCUUGAUUGUUUUUGACUGUGUUCAAUCCUUACCCCCUUUUUCCUUGCCUUUAAAAUGGGCAUUACUAUGUUGACCACACAAUGGUUAACAAAUGGAACUGACUCCCUUAUUUUCUCUCUUUUAUUGGUCAUUUUUGUUGAGGGCUUUGUUUUAUCCCCGGAUGUUUGCAAUGUGUGAUGGUUUUACUAUUGCUGAAUAAGAUUUGGAUUUGUAGCUUGUAUAGAUGUAAUUAUUAUUUAUAAUUAAUAUAAUUAUUACCAUUAAUGUUAUUAAUGCUUGCUGCAAAAAAAAGGAAGGAAGGAAAAGAAAGACAAAAAAUUGACAUGUGAUAUAUUUGUUUCUCAUGGCAAUGCUACAGAAAAUAAAUUAUUCUUUGGAAACAAAUAAUACAAAUAAAGAGGGGUAUACAUUUUCUAUGUUGGAAAUUCAUAUAUCUAUAUAUACAUAUAUAUUUGAUGUUAUUCUUGAAAGAAACAGCAUUAACAGUUUUUUUUUUUGGUUUAGCCAUUCUUCUGUGUUGGCUAGGGUCCAAUGUUCUUGUGUUUUGUGUCCACAGUGAUAGCACUGGCUCUAGGGAGGGAGGCCUACUCAUAGUUUUUUUUUUUUUUUUUCACGGAGCAGCCUCUCCUGUAACUAAGCAACAUGGCCAUUUCAUACUGGGGCAAGCCAGUUCGGCACAAAAAAAUGGAUGCCUUCCCACUGAGAAACCAUUCUUGCUCAUAAAAAGCACACUGUCACAACUGCUCACAUAAACACACACACCGCUCUCGUCCAUACAUGCUAAUUCACAAAAACGCACACUGUCAAGACAAGAGAAUUGUAGUUGUUGUUGAUUUUCUCCACCUGCUAGUUGGGAACACCUCUAUAAUUGGACAGUAAAUUUGGUAGAUUCUCCAGUUUGGUUUACACAGUAGAGAUUUUGGCUCACAAUAAUUAGUUUAACGUUAGCAAAAGAAAAACUUUUCUCUUCUUCUUCUUUCUACUUUCUGCGUACAGGAUUGUACAUAGUUUGUACAUUUGUUAGAAAUGUACAGAUUUGCUUAAUAUUCACAAUCAUCUGAUUAUGCUAUGGCAGUGUACCAUUCAUCAGUAGUGAAACUUCAUGUUAGCGAGAUAUUCAGUUCAGUCGUACAUUUUUAUGAAUCAUAUGAAGUUUUUUGAUUGAAUUUUUGAAGCUAAGCCUACUAAGAGAUCCACACAAAUGUAACCAAUUACAAUGACUAGCCUACCCUAUAGAGAGAGGAAAAAGCACAGUUUCUUAUCAAAACAGUGUCCACAGAAGAAAAGAGGGCCUUUUAGACUCUUUGUGCAUCGCUUCCUAGUUCAUAAAUAAGAGUCUGCAAUAGAGGGCAAGGGCUGGACAUGUGAUCUGCUCUGGAAGCCUGUGCCGUUUGCAUUGGGCAAAUCCAGCUGAUGAAUUGAAACGCAGGCCGGCAAUUAUUGUCAGCACAAUGCCUUAAAAAACCUGCUGACUUCUAGAUUAAUGGGCACAAAAGAGCAUGAGGUGCUGUCAUUCUGUCGCCAGGGCUGGCAUCAUCCACAGCCCCCGGACAACACACAAAACACCAAGCUAUUCACUCUGCAUUGUAAAGAGAGUGAGAACAAGAAAAACAAACCCAAAACAAAGAUAGGAGUUAAAAAAGGAGAUGUUUGGCCCUGUUCUAUUCUCAGGUCUCCUGCAAGGCUGUGCUGACAUGCGUUCUCCUUUACAUGCAUUGUGAUAAAUAAAGAUUCUUUCAAAUUCUCAGAAACUCUGUUAUCGAUAUUAAUGUAUUUAAAGGUGAUGUUUUGCAACUAAAAGUGAAGGUUUUGUCUCUACAAAUUAAUCUAAACAGGCAUUGUGUAUUUUACACACUUAAUAAAUCUGAUCAUUGCCUGUGCCUAAUAUUAAUUACACCAGCAAAUUAUUUUAAAUUAAAAAACUCAUUUUUACCACAUAUUUGAAGAACAAGUAUGACGCUUAGUUCCACAUGAAUCUGAUGUACUUUAAACCAUUUAACGUAGCACAGAGGAAGGCAAUACAUGUGCAUAAGUGUGUGUGUGUGUGUGUGUGUGUGUGUGUGUGUGUGUGUGUGUGUGUGUGUGUGUGUGUGUGUGUGUGUGUGCGUGUGUGUUUGCACUUACCUUUGUGUGUGUCUGUCUGCAGGGAGUGUGUGAUAUACACGCAUGUUAGUGCAUUAGUUUUAGUUUAUUGUCUCUUUUUGAACUUUUAUUUGUAUUUAUCACUUUAUCUUUAAGACAAACCAGAAGGAGGUUAUGUUCAACAUCGCAAUUUCUUUUUUCUUGCUAUAGUACUUCUAGAAAUGUUAUGAUGUUUUUAAUUGUUUCGAGUGGCUCUCAGUUGACUGUUUUCUCCCCUUCAUCUCACCACCUCUUCAGGUGUUCUCAAUUGGUCUGCAUUAAUUUGGUAUUGAAAUGAGAUGGAUCUGUUUGCGUGGUCACACAGGGUCAUUUGUUGCUUUGUGAAAAUCCUAAAUGCAGCCGUGUAUAUUUCACACUCCAUUAGGGACACUCUAUAGAAAAACAACACAAAACAAAAAAAACUCUGAAUAACCUUGAUUCAAAGUUUGGAUGAUGUGCACUUUCAUCUCACUUGUGAUACACUACUGUGCAUUUAUAUUUGACAUAAUAAUUUUUUAUUUGUUUUCAUGCAAUGGGGGAAAAAUAACUCAUGUAGUUAUCUGUACAAAUCAAUUGCCAAACUCAGUUUGGGACUGUUUUUUACUACAAAGAAAGAUGUUACAAAGAGAAAAGGAAGAAAGAAACUUUGUAUAUGACUAUAUUUCUUGGAAGGGGAACAAUUAUUUGUACUGAAUGCAAUGUGUUGUACAAGACUCUUGACUCUUUGUAGAUCUGAUGCUGUAUUUAUGAGGUGUGUGCUCCCUGAAGGGUUUUAAUCAUGAUUUCACUGGCUUCAACGUGUAUGUAAAUACAAACCGAAAAUGAGGAAACACUGCCUUUCUAUGAUUUAGCAAUAUGAUGUAAAUAGCAUUGUUAUGUUUUUUUUUUUUCUUUAUGAAAGAAUUCUUUGAUUCUAGUAUGCUAAUUCCAGCUGAAACUGUUACAAUUUCCUUUAAUACAUUUGAAGGAUACUCACACAUUGCUAAUGGGACAGCAUUGUGGAUUUUGUUGUCAGUUUGUCAUGCAUAAGAUUCAUAAUUUAUUGGUUUAAUUUAUCAUAAUUUAUUUGGUGAUGGUAUAAAAAAAUUUGGUAUUUCUGGGGAUGUAUUGUAAUAUUAUUUGGUAGACAGAGACCAUAUGAAUGCCCUCCUAAGCUCCUUAACUCUGUAGAGACAUAAAGAGACACUUAUGUCCGGGUAGCCAGUGUAAUUUCAGACACUGUAGUCAUAGGAUAGGCUUGAAAAUAAAAUAAAAAAACUAAAGGAAGAAAAGAAAAGGAAAAAAACAACAAAACUUUUCUUCUAUCUUGUUUGGAAGGUGAAAAAUUUUGUUUUUUGAAGUUUUAUUUCUAAUCACUUAAUCUGGCUUUUACCUUUGCUUUUACCACCUACACAAUACAGUAGUCAAAGUGCCUCGUGUGCCUUCCAUCUCCUCGGAACUGAAUGUAUGUGCAGUAUAUAUGCAAGCUUGUGCAAAAUAAAAACUAAGUCCUAGAU